AGGCGCUGUGGCAAAGCAGUGUCGAUAAGAGAGAGAGAGAGCAAGAGAGAUAAAGAGAGAUUGAUGGAGAGAGCGGGAGAGUGAACAGCUCUAUGUAAACAGGGUGUCAGAAAAGAAAUUGCAGGGACAUUUUCAGCCUGCUAAGGCUGGGAAAAUAAUCACAUAGAAUCUGCAAAGCAGCACUCACUAGGGCAGAGAGAGAAAUAGAGAGAAGAGAGAGAGAGGGACGGAACUGAACAGAGAGAGUCGUUUUACAGUGAGAGAGACAGAGAGUGAGAGAGAGACAGAGAGAGAGGAAGCUAUAUAGCAACAGAGCGAAGGAGAGGAACUAAGCAAAAGGGAGAGAGAGGAAAAAAGCUUAAUUAAUUCAGGCUGAAUGGGAGGGAGGGAUGUUGCUACCUCUGCCGGGGCUCCAGUGCCUUUGCUGUGCCUCUCUGUGUAGCUGGAGCUGUGUUGUGUAGCUGUGGCUCUGCUCUUUGUAGCUGUAGCUGCCGGUUUGUGUUGUGAGGGGCUCGCUGCUCUGCUCACGGGGGAAGGGAGAGCAACUCAUGCCCCGGGCAGCUUGGAACGGACUGCCUAUCAACCCAUACUGAAGGAAGGAACACACACACAGACAGCAGAACUACUGGGAUGGGCAGAGGUCAUUAUAGGUUAUUGGUGCAGCAGACCUGCUAAGGGACCCUGUGUGGACUGACUGUGGGCUGUGGACAUAUCACUUCCUACCAGAGAUGAGGGGAACAGCUUGAGUCUGACGUCAGAGAGCGGGAAAGACCUAGAGACCUGCCUCUAGCUGGACCUCCAUAUCACAUACUGCCCGUCCUUAUCCCCCUUCCCCCACCCCACCAUCUCUGGCGUCUGUUUCUACCACCACCUCCACUCACUGGGAAGGAUUUGGGAUGACAGUUAACCUCCUCAGCUCUACCUCACUCCUCUUCACCACCCAGGGAUAACCAGCACUAGAACCUCUGUACCCUGAGAGGUACACUACCAUCCUCCCUCACCUCCCCCAGCUGGCAUCAUGAUGGGAGAUGGAGUUGGGAACUGGGAGUGUCUGAGUCCGUCUGAGUUUGGACAGCUGCAGCAGUACAGCGAGUAUUCCACCAAGAAGCUCAAGGAUGUUCUGGAGGAGUUUCACGGUGAAGGAGUCCUCUCCAAGUACAAUCCCGAGCAGCCCAUAGACUAUGAGGGUUUCCAGCUCUUCAUGACCACAUACCUGGAGAACGACAUCCCAGAGGAGCUGUGUCAGCACCUGUUCACCUCCUUCAAGAGCAAGACAGGGGGCUGCUCUCCUGAGGUGCCCCGUGCUGGAGCAGGACUGCUGGGAAUGAAUGGGAAGAGCAUCCUGACAGCAAUGGGCCGGCACACACCAGAGCAUUCCAUUGUGAUGGCCACAUGUUCAGGUGCCGUGUCUACCUCUCCCUGCUCCUCCCGUUCCUCCUCACAGCACUCUGGGACAGGGGCCCACACACCCGGGGGUUCCUACCACUCACCUGCCUGCACCCAAGCCAAACUCUCCACAGGUAGCAGUAGUAAUGCUCUGACCCCCACCCCAGCCAAGUCCCCAGCCUCCCCUCGCCUCUCCCCAGAGAGGAUCAGAGCGGAGAAGAGGAGGAGUCCAUCACCCCAGAAGGGCUCCCCUUUACUCUCCCCCCAGGUGGUGUUUCUGAAGGACAUUGUGUGUUACCUGUCCCUGCUGGAGAGGGGCACACCAGAGGACAAGUUGGAAUUCAUGUUCCGGCUGUACGACACAGACGGCAAUGGAGUACUGGACAGCUCGGAACUGGACCGCAUCAUCAAUCAGAUGGUCCACGUGGCAGAGUACCUGGAAUGGGACUCUACAGAGCUGCGACCAAUCCUGAAGGAGAUGAUGGAAGAGAUAGACUAUGACCGGGACGGAACAGUCACCCUGGAGGAGUGGAUCAGGGGAGGCCUCACCACCAUCCCUCUGCUGGUCCUGCUGGGCAUGGAGACGAAUGUGCAGGAGGAUGGGCAGCAUGUGUGGAAAUUAAAGCACUUCAACAAGCCAGCCUACUGUAACUACUGCCACACAAUGCUGCUGGGAGUCCGCAAGCAGGGCCUCUGCUGCUCUAUAUGCAAGUACACAGUCCAUGAACGCUGUGUGUCCAAAGACAUCGCUGCCUGCAUCAGCACCUACGCCAAGUCCCGCAGACACACUAAUGCUAUGCAGCACGUGUGGAUGGAGGGAAACUCUCCCACUAAGUGCGACCGCUGUCACAGAAGUAUCAAGUGCUACCAGGGCUUAACGGGCCUACACUGUGUGUGGUGUCAGAUCACUCUCCAUAAUAAGUGUGCGUCCAACAUGAAACCAGAGUGUGAUGGAGGAGCCCUUAGAGACCACACUCUACUCCCAUCCUACAUCUGCCCUGUAGUCCUGGACCGUCAUUCUGUUGUGAAGCGGGGUGAAGGUGACUCCCCGCCCAGCACCAGCCCUGACGACCCGAGUCAAAGCUUCAAAUUCACAGGAGACGGACAAGCACUGCAGAUCACUCCUCUCCCAGGCACACAUCCCCUCCUGGUCCUGGUCAACCCAAAGAGUGGCGGGAGACAAGGGGAGCGGGUAUUGAGAAAGUUCCAGUACCUGCUGAACCCCAGACAGGUGUACAGUCUAGACAGAGAGGGACCCAUGGUGGGGCUCAACUUCUUCCAUGAUGUCCCUGAUUUCCGGGUGCUGGCAUGUGGAGGGGAUGGGACAGUGGGAUGGAUCUUAGACUGUAUUGACAAGGCCAACUUCACCAGAGAUCCCCCUGUGGCCAUCCUCCCUCUGGGCACAGGGAACGACCUGGCAAGAUGCCUACGCUGGGGCGGAGGUUAUGAAGGAGGCAGUCUUCUGAAGUUCCUGCGGGACAUAGAGCACAGCACAGAGAUGGUUCUGGACCGAUGGAACAUCGACAUCGUCCCUGUUGACAAGGAGGAGAAGGGAGACCCUGUCCCCAACAGCAUCGUCAACAACUACUUCUCCAUCGGAGUGGAUGCGUCCAUCGCUCAUCGCUUCCACUUGAUGAGAGAGAAGCACCCAGAGAAAUUCAACAGCAGAAUGAAGAACAAGUUGUGGUACUUUGAGUUUGGCACCACAGAGACCAUCUCCGCCACUUGCAAGAAACUCAACGAGUGUAUCGAAGUGGAGUGUGAUGGUAUCAUCCUGGACCUCAGCAGCACGUCGUUGGAAGGCAUCGCCGUCCUCAACAUACCCAGCAUGCAUGGCGGCUCCAACCUGUGGGGCGAGACCAAGAAGAGGAGGAACUACAGCCGCAUGAGCAAGAAGGUUCCAGACAGGAUGCCCACCAGUACCGUCACCGAUAUAAAGGAGCUCAAAUUCUGUGUUCAGGACCUGAGCGACCAGUUGCUAGAGGUGGUGGGUCUGGAGGGCGCCAUGGAGAUGGGGAAGAUCUACUCAGGCCUGAAGAGUGCUGGCCGCAGACUGGCCCAAUGUGCUAACGUCACCAUCAGGACAUCCCGGCUGCUGCCCAUGCAGAUUGAUGGGGAGCCUUGGAUGCAGCCCCCAUGCACGAUCAAGAUCACACAUAAGAACCAGGUUCCCAUGCUACUGGGCCCUCCUCAGAAGACCCCCUUCUUGUUCUUCAAGAGACGCAACAGAAGUCGGGACUAUGAGUGAGGAGGACACUUCAAACUCCCCCCUCUUCACAAACACAUUCACCAACCCCUCGGGACAACUCAAUAGGUCCCACAGACCAAGGCAUUGCCCCUUGGACCUACAGUACCACUUCAGAAUGAACUGACUUCCUCUCAGUGUAAUGACCACUUCCUGUGUAUCCAUGUUCUAGCUUCUAGAACUUCCUGUGAACUCUGAACUCUGACCCUGCCACUGGCACACUAGCUCAGUCAACCUCAGCCCCAGACUCAGCUUCAGCCCCAGACCCAUCAGUAAUGCCACACUGCCUUGGCAAAACACAGUGCCAGCAGCAUAUAGGUUCAUCUAGGAUACUGCUUUGGUUCUCAAAUGGAGGGAUAGAGAGAUGGAGUAAUAAGGAAACACAAAGAGAGAGAGAGACAAAGAGAGAAGCAGCGGAAGGGGAAUGGGAAGAGAAGAGUAGAAGAAAAGAAAGAGUGCAAAAGAGUGAGAGCAAGGGAUGGGAUGAUUGACAUACAGCAGAUGAAAGUAGUAUGGCUGUGUUGUGUGCGUGCGUGUGUGUGCGUGCGUGUGUGUGCGUGCGUGUGUGUGUGUGCGUGUGUGCGUGUGUGUGUAUGUGCGUGUGUGCGUAUGUGCGUGUGUGUGUGUGUGUGUGUGUGUGUGUGUGUGUGUGUGUGUGUGUGUGUGCGUAUGUGCGUGCGUGUGUGCAAGUUCUCUUCUCUCUUUGAGGAGCCUGUUGAAUAAUGGAUCAGAGCUUGUAGAGUAUUCACUCCAGUGUCUCUCCAUGGCACAGAACACUGCACUGCCUGAGAGAUGAAACGGAAAGAGAUCAUCUAUUAUUGACUGCUUCGUUUACGCUUGACGGUGGCAGCAGGGCAAAACACACAGUAACAAUGGCCUGGGAAGCAUGGGAAACUCAAACUAACAUGCAGGGAUUUUUGCCCUCCAGCAUAUUUGCUCACAACAACCAUCUUUAGCCUAGUUUUGUAGAAUAUCAAUAGCUGAUCUGGUGUCAGGUCAAACAGAUGGCAAGGACUGGAGGUUUGUCUGUUUAUCUUCAUGUGGCUUAUUCACAUUCUGUAGACAGGUCACCCACCAUCUUAGUAAGUGUAUAAACCCCUCUGAGACUCAGUCACACAGGUUCUCAACUUAGACUGGUUUUAUUGUUCUCCUCCAAAUGGCAAGGCCAUUGGUCCUUCGAGACAGAUCAGUGGAACAGAGCCCAGUGUACAGGGAGACCAAAAGAGUUUGGAGAGAGACGUGGACCUUACUUAUAUGUAUCACUGUAGCGACGUGAGAUGAGAGCGGAGUCCCAUGUCCCCCUCAGAAGUGCCGAGUAGGAUCAGCUAUAGGUUUAAGAAAGAAACCCAGUGUAGAGAAGACCAAAGGAGUUUGGGGUGAGGAGUGAGGAGUGGACUAGAUAUAUAUCACUAGAGAAUGUGAGAUAAGUCUGUUGCCCAAUCAGAAGAGCCCAGUAGGACCUCUGUAAGAGCAGAGUUCAGUGUAGAGGGAGAGGAGACUGAAGGAGGGUAGGUCCUUACUCUAAUGUUACAUGUAUCACCGUAGAGAUGAGAGAAGCCCCGAUCAGAAGUGCCCACUAGGAUAGCUUUAGGUUGAAUAAGCAGUAGUACCUGCUGCCUAGUAGGAUAUCUAUAGGUUGAAUCAACAAGCCUCAUCCAUAGGUUGAAUCAACAAGCCUCAUCCAGCUACAGAUGUCCCAGAAGCCUUUUAGAGAUUGAAAUGGAUUCAGCUAGCUAGUGCUGGUAUAUAACAGCCUGCCCUGACUGCCUCAGGCCUUAGGGGUCUGAUUUACCAUAGCGUGGACAGGAACUAAAUUUAACCUGCUAUUUCGGGAGGAUCUAUCCUGUGAAACACUAUUCCUAAUUACAGUGUAAAAACAUUAGCUCGCAAUGUGAAGUGUCCAAGAGUGCAAAACUAGGAGGCCAGGGAUGAGGGCUCGCUGGCUGUAAAAUGGUGGGUGUUAUUCAAAUCAUGUUUGUUGCUGGAUGGCACCAUUGAAGCAACAGGAAGAUAUGUUAUCAAUUGAAAUGGGCUGAACUGAAAAUCACACAUAGGAGUCAAACCUAACGGCAAAAGCUGAACUGGCAAGACACCCGUGUGGCAGAAUGUGGUAUCCAUCUAAUAAGAUAUACCACUACCCGUAUGAAUGUGGUAUCCAUCUACUAAGAUAUACUGUACCACUACCCGUAUGAAAAUAUUACUGUCCCAACUAUAGUGGCCAACUAUAUAUGUGCAGAUACAGUAUUUGUAUAUUCUGGAAGAUGUGUAUUACACAUACAUUUUAUUUUAUUGAACCUUUAUUUAACUAGGCAAGUCAGUUAAGAACACAUUCUUAUUUACAAUGACGGCCUAGGAACAGUGGGUUAACUGCCUUGUUCAGGGGCAGAAUGACAGAUUUAUUUUUUGUGUUUUUAAUAAUAUAUUAUAAUAUAUUAUUAGUGUAGAGCUUUGAGGCAUCCCACUGGGCAAACACUGAUUGAAUCAAUGUUGUUUCCAUAUCUGUUCCACGUUGAACCAACGUAGAAUAGACAUCGAAUUGACAUCUGUGCCCAGUGGGAUAGUUUAGAAGAGUACAUACAGAUCAGUGUUCUUCAGUGGGUCACUUGAAUAACUGUCUGGGGCUGGUUCACAACACAUUCCCUUUGGUGUCGAGCACCCUCAUACCCUAGGAUGUAGGGGUUAGGGUGCAGGGCCCAGGGGGGUGAGGGCAGUGAGCCUCCAUGGUACACUGAGUGUUUGUCCCAAAUGGCACCCUAUUCACUUUUGGUGCCAUUAGGACUCACCAGAGCACCACUCAUGGGGCGAGGCUUUGAUGUCUUCGCCCCGAGUUCCCUUUAAAACCACACUGAGCCGAGACUCUCGUGUCCAGGCCCCACUAAACAGAGACACAUGUCCAAUGACCAUGGGGUAGAGGUAAAACAGUGGUUUAGUCCCAAGGCACCCUAAUCCUAAAUAGUUUACUGCUUUUGACCAAAAUCCUAUCAAAAGUAGUGCACUAUAUAGGGAAUAGGGUGCCAUUUGGGAGACAGCCUUUAUCUCUGUGGACCACAGGGUCUGUCUGACCCUGCAACACCUCUAACCAGUACGUAUGGGAAACAUUUCAAUGACCACAUCACCUCUACAAUCCUAACAUAGCAUCAUUGGUCGACGGUCAUUGGACACAUUUUUGUGUGUAAUCCUUACGGAGCCUGGAUCGAGGCGACUCAGUAAAAAGUGUGCAUGUUUACAGUUUACUUUUCAUUAAUGGGAAAAGGAUGAUUUUAAAUUGAAACCGUUUUAAUUAUGUGUAAAUAGAUACUUGAUUAUAUAUUUUAUCUCACCACCGCAUGCCUGCUGAAACAAAGGAGACAGAAAGAAAUGUCUGUCUGCUUGAGGAGAGACCACGCUGAUUGUUGCAACCCUCUCCCUCAAGCUAGGACCUGUCCUGCUGUCGGGUGAUAUUAGCUAUUCAACCCCCUCAACCAAUCCUUUGCUCAAAAACCCAUGAUCUUGUGUAUUUACUUUGUCUUUCCCUGUUGGUAGCUAGCAUAGCAUGUUGAUACUUCUGUGCAAGAAAAGGACAGUGAUGGCUUGUCUUGGUCAAAUAGAGAGACUUUCCAGGAGAAAUGUACACCAUUGCCAAGCGGCCAUUUUGUGUUUCAUCAUCAGGAUAUGGAAGAGAGACACCGACACGACAACACAACCACAGAACUUAAUCCUAUCAGAUGCUAUAUCAAUCUUCAAUGUUUGUGUCAUUCACCAGUUACCACUCAUCUCCAAUUCCGGUCAUCAGAAAUGACCAAUAGCCUUAACCAACAAACAAACAAAAGGAGCGGCUUUCUCUUGCUUUCUCUGCCUGGACACAACAGCACAAUUGCAAUACAAGCCACCGACUUAGAAGGAGUAAAAAAAUAUAUAGAAACAAGUCCAAGAAUGAUGGUGACAAUCUCCUCUUACUCUGUGUUGCAAUAACUCACUGCCAUCACCAACUACCCGCCUGGUCUGUACCAUCACUGCCUAUGGUGUUGGUCCACUUCCACUUCCAACUACAUCCACUUCUAAGAGGAUUUGGUUUAGCCCAGGUUGUCAACGACGUCUGUAGAAUGUGGCCUCUCAUCAUUUUAAAAAGUAGGAGGGCCGGUGUGAAAACAUCUGUUUUCUUGUUGACAGAGUGUCCCUUGGCGGGUCCUGGAAAAGGCUGCCGUUUGGGACGACACCAGUAAGUUGUCCACCGUGAUGCAGCAGGGAUUUCUAUGUACUGCACCACAUCCACUGUUAUAAACAUAGCCAUAGUGUGUGGCCGUGGCCACUGUCUUUGUUGAUGUACAUGAUGGGAGGUGACUUGUUGAAACCACGCUGCCUCUGAGGUAACCUAAUGUAGGAGGUGUAAAAGAUCCCCUACAUACUGGUCUUGACAAGAAGAAGAAAAAACUGUCAGGGGAGGUUCUCUUCUGCACUGUUCAACCAAUCCAGUAAAUGUGGAGGAGGAGUUAAGAUGGAGUGUCACCUUGCUAAUGUCCAAAAGCAGAAAUCGAGUCACAGGUUGUCUUUUAAUUUCCACUGAAAACCGGAACAUCCGGUUGUUGGGAACUCGGCAGAGGCUACCUCUUAGGUGACCUAGAGGAGGGAGUUUGAGUGGUGGUUAAAGGGGGUGUUUGUGGUGGUGUUUGUGGUAUAUCAAAUAAACCAAUUAUGAUGAUAGUGUACACAGUCUAUUACAAUUAGGAUUGUGUAGUUAAUAUCUAAUAUCUCUAAUAUCUACAUUCUUCCACUGAAUUGAGACAACCGGGCACAAAAAAGUCUCCCAUAUCCACGCAAGCAUACCAUUUAGAAUAUGGCCAAUACGUUGCUGCAUUUUAAGUGGUAUUUCAGUUGGGAUUAAUGGAAUGGAGCCAAAGACAGUCUUCGUCACCAUCCUCCCCAUGUGUAACUAUUAUCCCCUUGUCUCCACUGUCGCUCCCGCUUCCGGCCUUGUUUUAUUUCCACCGUCAGAGACUCACAUAGGCAGUGAGGUUUAUCGUACUGUCACUGUCGUUGGUGCAAUCCUAUUCUUAGGCAUGGGCAGAUUAACUAACAGUAUUGAGUGACACUAGUGGCCAGGACACAUGCAGUAGAUCCAUGCAUACAGUCCAUUUCAUUCCUGAGUGUGAUGUUCUACAUGUAUGCAUAAACUCAUAGGCCUGUUGUGUUUACCAUAGAAAUAUCAUUAAUAGAAAGGGCUUAGAACAUUUGACAAUAGCAAUUUGACUGGUAAAUUCAUGGGUACACUCAAAAUGGCUACCAAUCCUCCCAUUAUUGCAUAAUUGACUUGAAUGGGGAGGCCCGUUCUACUUAUUCUAGUUCUGUGGUGUUUACCCCCUCAGGGUCAGUGUGGUAUGUAGCAAUCCAUACGCCUGUAGCACCCAAUGAGGAUCAAGGGCAGACAGUGACAGUAACCCCCCCCACCCACUCCCUCUCUGUGAUUGGACAAAAAGAGGACUGUGAAUCAAUAUUCUCAUCUUGUGCCCUAGCUGUGUCUACUGUCUGUCAUUCUUCCUCGCCGGUAUGUUUGUUAGCUGUAUGUUGGCAUCCUCCAUUUUGAUGGACAAAAGAUUUAUCAAAUAAACAGAGGUUGAAUAUG